CGCCUUUCCUCGCGGAGCGCUUCACCUGUGCGGGCGGGGCGGGGCGUCCCGCUCAGCCAAUCCGGGAGGGGCUCCUGCUCACCUGGGCGCCGCUGCGCUCCGGCCUUGCUCAGUCGGUUUGUGCGGCGGAGGAGGCAAUGGCGGUGGCGGCGAUGGGCUGGCUUUGGUGGGGCUGCUUCUGCGCCGGGCUGUGUGAGUAGGCAAAGGAAGUGGGUGCAGGAGGGGCUGGGGGGCUGGAAGGAACUUCCCAGGUGAGUGGGGCUGCAAGGAGAUUUGGGGCAGUCUCCCAGGUGGGGCUCAGAACCAGAGGAAGCGGCCUUAUACUUGCAGCCAGACCUUGGGGUCCAUCUCGCUCCAUAUUGUCGACACUGACUGGCAGCGGCUCUCGGGACGCUGCGGAGAUCGGACCCGGAAAACUGGCAAAACUCCUUAUUUUAAAAAAUAGUUUUUCUAGUCCUUACACUGACCAUUUUCCUCUUUCUCCACUCCUAGCCAUUUCCUGCUGGUGACCUCUUUGGUUGUAUGGAUGAAAUUUCUUAAAUAUUAAUUCUCUCUCUCCCCUUACUCCCCCUGGCAAAAUAAACCUUGCCUGUGGGUUGUGUAAUAGAUCGAGCAGACCUUGGAAAGGGAAAGCAAGCAGAAUUCCUGCCAGGCUCUCUCUGGCUCAAGCCAACACCCCACAUUUCCCAGAAGUGCUUAUUUUCCCCCACCAUGGUUCAUUGCAGGUUGUGCCGGCCAGCCAUCUUCUCUGACUGUUUACUCAGGAGUAACAGCCAUAGAGUUAAAACAGGAGUAGGGGAGGGAUGCUCUCUCAACAAAGUAUGCACACCUCAGUUUGCAGCCAGAGAUAGGGAAAUUGUAUUUAAAGCAUCUGUGUUAAUCCCCUUUUGUAGGUUGGAAAGAAGCCUGUGUAGUUUUGUUAAAUACACAGUGUGACGUUUCUUUCCGUUAUCUUCUCCAGAGGGAUAGGUGUGUGCGUUUGUAGCAGUGCAAGCAAAGGAUCCUGGGAACUGCAGUUCGUUCAGGGUGCUGGAGACUGUGGUUCCAGGAGAUGGAAACUAAAGAUCCCAGAAUUGUUUGGGGGAUACCAUGUGCUUUAAAUGUAUGAUGUUGUGGGUCUGCCCCAAGAGAUUUGUGGCACCUUAAAGAGUCACACCUUUUGUUGCAGUGCUUAGCAUUUGGGGACCAUGGUUCACCUCAGUGCAUGGUGUGUGAUCCUCAGAUGUACGGAUGCAAAGAGGAGAAAAAUAAAUGUUGUAUUUAAAUAGCUGCGGAAUAUAAAAAUACAGUUUGUGACAAUUCAGUGAGCGCUUAAAUACAGGCAAAAGGACCCUUUAGGGCAGCAGUAGCUGAUCAUCCCAACAUCAUAUUAGCAAUCCUGAGUAAACAUAAGGUGAACCUUUGACUGCUUUUUCCCUUCAACCUAUGUCCUAAUAGCAGAGGGUCACGCUCUAGGCAUCUGAUAAAGUCCACAAAAACUUUUACGCUGUAAUAAAACGGCCAAAAUUUUUAAAAAGCACUAGACUCUUUGUUGUAUAUCUUCCUAGAUUUCUGCCUUUCUGUGGUCCUUUAUCUUUUGUUCUGAAAGUUAUUUGUUUUUUGAGUCUAUAGAAACUGUACCUUUUUAAUAUUAAUUCAGCUAAAUUACUCACACAAUCACCCAUUUCUUUUUUGGCUUCAGAUAAAUGGACGGAUAGUUUACAUAGAGCUGAGUUCGUGUUUAGAUAGUGAUGCCAUGUGAGUUCGUAGAACUUCAAUUGUAAACUUCCAAGGGUGUUUCGGUUUUUCUCUCUUGGUUGCUGAAGCCUUAAAAUGGUGGUUGCCCUGCCGUGCUUCCAAUAGGAGAGAAUUUAUUUCCUUGUUGAAUCAUUGUUUAAAAGUUAGACUCGCUGUUCCUUUCGUUCUUCUCUGUGCUGGUAUGUGUACAAAUAUAUUUAAUUCUCGAAGAGUUGGCCUUGGGAGAGGUUUGGAGGAGUAGAUUGCUUUGCUGUUCCUACUUCUUUAGGCCUAGGACUCCUGGUGUGUGGUGUUGGCACCAAAAUGUACUGUUUUCUUCCCAAGCUGUCUAUUGCUAAUUUCCUUCGCAAGCUGGAAUUGCAGACACAACAGGUCUGUCUUGGCUGUUGCUUAGUAUGUACAGCCCUGAAUUUUAUACUCUGUUCCUUCUUGACAAAAUGAUUGUCAGGAGGAGGUGUAAAGGCAAGCAGAAUCAUGUUUCUGUGUUCUUUUAAACCACACCCCGGGAUUUAAUGAGCGGUGAGCUGGCAGGGUGCCCCAUGCCCUGAUCUAUCCAUUUCAAGCUACCCAAACAGGUCCAUCUUGCACUGGGCUUUAAAAGCUUUUAAUAAAGGCGUGAUCUGUUCUGAGGGCCUGAUGCCUGUUAUCUGUUGGCUCAGAGACUCCUGCUGAGUGCUUUUGCAGCGGGUGUGUGUAUGUGUGAAAUAGUUAUUGACCAAAGAGAGAGAGCAAAAGCAAAGAUCAGUUUUAGAAGCAAGCAGGGGGGUGCUUGUAAAGUUUCUGUAUAUUCUGGUUGGGGAGAUGCUGGAAAGGUGACUGCAGAGGGCUCUCUUAAAUCUGGAAGAGAUGAGAUGUGGAAAUUGAGAAUUAUUUCUUGAAUGCUGCUUUUUGGAUCUGGUUGCAAGGUGUUGCUAUUGGUAGACAAAGUCCUUAACAACUUGGGACUGAUUUAGCUGUGAGAUCGCCUUUCCCCAUAUAUGUUCAUGCAAUUCCUACAGUCUGCAGAACUGGCGCUGUUACAGGUGCUACAUAAUACUGCAUUUGUAAGAAAUCGAUCUUUUACUGCAACACCACCCACACUUUGGAACUCCCUGCCUAUUGACAUAGGCAGGGGCCUUCCUGCGCCUGCUGCAAACAUCUUUGUUUACACAUUCCUACCCAGAUACAUAGAAUGCUGAUGUGUUUUUAGUUCAUUGCUGAUUUUAACCUUUUGAAUGUUUUAUUUGAUUUUACAAAUACAGUAGUUUUAUUGAUUGAUUCUUUUUGUAACCUGCUUUGGGAUUUAUUUAUUUUUUUAAAAAAACAAUCAGGCAGUAUACAAAUUCUGUGAAAUAAAAAUAAGUAAAAUAAACAUAUAAUCAAUCUGGGUUUGCAGGCAGGGAAUCAAUUAAAAACUUUCGGGGUAGUUUAAGAUAAUCAGAAAUCCUACAAUGAUCUUUUAUUAAAAAGGAACACACAAGUGGCAUCAUAGGGAAGGUCAAAAUAUAACAGCAAUAAAAUGGUUCUGCAACCAACAGUUGCUUGUGAUAAAGUUUAAGGUAUUGGGAAACUAUAAAAGGAUGGGGCAACUGAAAGAGUCUUUGCUGGCUUCCAGAGUAGGCCACAGGCUGGAGGAUAUCAUUCCAUCAACAGGAUGAUUGCCAGAAGUGAAAAGGUCUGUUCUCAGGUGACCAACCUCUUGAGCUCUGAAGGCCAGGAAAAUGUGGAGCAAGGACUCCAGCAAACAACUUCAACACUUGCCCAGAACUAGAAGCCAGUGGAGUUGUUUUAGACUGGCAGAAUGUGUCUUUUCCACCAGUCUGUGUCAACAGCUGCCUUCUGGGCUUGCUGGUGAUUCUGAGUAGACCUUAAAGGCGGCCCCUCAUGAAGUGCCUUCCAGAGAAAGAAACAAGUAAUUGAUAUUAUUUUUACAGGACGUUUUUUAAAGACUUCAGGGUACCAUACUCUGCCUGGCAGUGGGGAUGGGUCACUGGAGCCUGAUGCCUUUCUCAGCUUCCUCCCAUAGCCUGACCCCAAACUCUAGAGCAGGCUUUGGCACCCCUUACUUCCAGGAAGCUCAAACAAUGGCAAGGAAGCUCGUCCAUCUUUUGUUUUGCUCCAAGUACCUGACUAUUAGGUGUAAUGUUAAUCUGUGAGAGCCAGUGUGGUGUAGUGUUUAGUGUUUGGACCAGGAUCUGGGAGACCAGGGUUCUAAUCCCCACUCGACCAUGAAGCUCACAGGGUGACUUGGGCCCAUUCCCUGCUGCUUAGCCAAACCCUACCUCACAGGGUUGUUGAGAAGGAAAAAUGGUGAGGAGGAAAAAAGCUGUGUAUGCCACCACCUUGAGCUCCUUUGGGAUAAACAAGGAAAUAAUCACAGAAUUGUAGAGUUUGAGGGGAUCCAAAGAGUCACCUAUUCCAGCCCCCCUCAAUGAAUGUUAAAAUAUAAAACAAAGCAGUCUGAUGAUUCAUGCAUUGAAAGAGAAACGCAAUGUGCCUGUGGUAGGUAAAAAUGGCCAGGUAUACAUGACCUCAGCAAGCCUUACGGCAACCCUAUGAGGUCAGCCAGUUCACAAAGGCCGUCCCACCCCACUUUUCAGUCACAAUUCCUCCUGUGGCUUCCUCUCAAUAUCCCUUCCGGUUCUUGGAGGUGUGGCCCUCUCUGGUGAUGGGGAAAGGAUUCUUCAGAAGGUGUGAAAACCUGUUUGGGAGACUAGGCUAUUAUUUCCAGAGGCUCAUGCUGGGAUAGAUUCCUUCUGUCCUUUGCAGAGGAAGUGAGUCUUUUUCUGUGUGUUUCCGCAGUAUGGCUCACUCAUUCUUUAGUCAGGCAGCACGGCAGUUUUCUGGGGUUAUGUAGGGUGAAUGUAAAACUACAGGGACUCAACCUGCACUAGCCUGGUGCCCCCAGAUGUUUUGGGCUGUAGCCUCCAGCCAGCUUGUCCCUUUUGGACUACAAUUCCCAUCAGCCUCCCCCUCCCCUUAGGAGGUAGUCCAAUGCAGUUGUUGCAGGCUGGGUUUGGUGGGUGAUGUAGUCUAAUAAAGCAUCUGGAGGGCACCAUUUGCUCUCCAUAUAGUUGCCUUAUCUAGUGGUUUUCUGCAUCUUGGAGAGUGGAGAAGAAUUGGUGCCCAAGAUUAUGUUUGUGGCCCUGUUUGGGGACAGAGUGUGGAGUUGCAUUUAGAACAGAAUAUAAGAAGAGGCUGCUGGAUGAGGCCAGUGGCCCAUCUAGCCAGCAUCCUGUUCUCACAGCGGUCAACCAGUUGUCCCACAAACAGGGCCCAAGCACAAGAGCAAAUACCCUGUCAUGCCGUUUCCAGCAACUGGGACUCAGAAGUAUUGCUUGGCUCCAACCAUGGAGGCAGAGCCUGGCCAUUGUGUCUAGUAGCCAUUGAUAGCCCUUUCCUCUCCUCUCCAUGAAUUUGUGCAAUCCUCUUCUAGAUCCAUCCAGGUUGGCGGCCAUCACUGCCUCCUGCGGAAGUGAGUUUCAUAGAAUUACGUUAUUCCGUCCUGAAUCUUCCAACAUUCAGCUUCGUUGGAUGUUCACAGAGAGAAAAACACUUUCCUUCAAUUUCUCAAUGUUGUGAUAAUUUUGUAAACGUCACUUCUAACUCUCCUUUUCUCUAAACUAAAAAGUCCCAAAUACAGCAACGUUUCCUCAUAGAGGAGUUGCAUUUCCCAGAUCGUGACUCUCCUCAGCCUUACUCCUCUUCUUCUUCCUUGCUGGUCCAAGAGGUUGGAUAUAUUUUAAAUAAAUAAAUAGCCUGGGUUGGACUGUCUAAUGCUGUGGAUUAAUUAUCUACCAAGCUCCGCUGUUGCAAUUGAGUCUGGGGCAGGUUGUCUGGUUAUUUUUUACACAGAGAAGGAUCUCUCCCCCCCCCAUCAUUGUGGGCUGUAUCACUGAUCAAAUAUUUGAGCUGGUCUUGCCAGUGUUGGACCAUCAUCCUAGACAGCCCAUCCGACCUGUCCAAUAAAGCAGGCACAUCCAACUCCCAAGAGACUGCGAUCUACUCCCAGUAUAGAAUAACUGGCAGUGAUCUACCCAUUGUCAUUGGAGGGAGGAGGAGCGUGUGUUUCUUAGGGAGGAUCGCCCAGAGUUGUUGAGCUGGGGGGCGGGGGGAGAGAAUGAGAAAAUACGCUCACCACAAACAGCAACAAUCACUAUUGCACACAGCACUACCGCAAGCAUUACUUCCGCAUUCCUAAUGCUUCGCAGGAGGCAGGGACAUUACUUGCCCACGAUCAACCAUGAUAACACGCGAUUUACUAGGGACAUACAGGAGAUCUACCUGUUGAUUGCGGUUGACCGUGAACAUCGCUGCAAUACAGCAUCCUGCACUAUACAUUUCUAGAGCAGUAUCAUGUCACUUUAAGCACAAAGAACCUUAAGAAAUGUAGUUUAAGUUUACUGAGGGUUGCUCCCCUCCCUGCACUACAGUUCCCAAUGUUCCCUUUGAGGAGGGAUUGAUUGUUAACCCACUCUGGAAAUUGCAGCUCUUUUAUUAUUAUUAUUAUUUGAUAUCCCGCUUUAUCACUACCCGAAGGAGUCUCAAAGCGGCUAACAUUCUCCUUUCCCUUCCUCCCCCACAACAAACACUCUGUGAGGUGAGUGGGGCUGAGAGACUUCAGAGAAGUGUGACUGGCCCAAGGUCACCCAGCAGCUGCAUGUGGAGGAGCGGAGACGCGAACCCGGUUCCCCAGAUUACGAGUCUUAUCGCUCUUAACCACUACACCACACUGGCCCUGUUCUGUGGGCACAUCCACACCAUAUGUUUAAAGCACAUGGCUUCUUCUUAAGAAUCCUGAGAGCUGUAGCUUACCUCUCACAGAGCUGCGAUUUGAAGCGUCUUUUAAAAACUACAGUUCCCAGGAUUCUUGCUGGGGGGCAGGGGCUAUGUGCUUUAAAUGUAUGGUGUGGAUGUGACUUAAGGAAUAAAAAUAUCUCUCUACAAAAGGUCUUCUAUUGUCUCCAUUCCCCCCCUAACUUAAUAGCCUCAGGUGUAUCCCCACCCCCCUCCGCUUCAAAUUUGUUUAAGGGCUAGCUAGUUGACUGAUCUUCCACUGGAUCUGGCCUUAGUAGCCAAGGGACCUUCCAGCUGGGUUAACAUUGUUUACGUUCCUCCCCUCCCUUUAGGGACCCUUCCUUCCCAUUUGGAUUCAGAGUUGUUUGUGCUGUUUCCUGGUGCUUUUUAAUGGAUGUUGAGUACUGUAUGAUCGCAUCUGGGGGGGGUGCGAUUACAUUCUGGGGGUGCCGCAUCUGCAUAAAAAUGUGUAUAAUGAUAACUGAACCCAGAGUCAUCUGCAUCCAAAGCAGAUCUGCCCUACCCUAGAGCUGCAUACAUUUCCCUUGCCUUUUAUUGCCCAGGGCAUCGAGCAAAGCAGUCAGGCUUAGUGACUUGGCUUUAAAACCCAGGCUGGGAGUUUCAUGCUACGACCCAAAAUCAAAAGUACUUUAAUUGACUAUGAAAGGCAGAAUAAACCCUUUCCCAAACCUUGGUGACUCUCAGUGCUUCUAAUGCCAUGAAAGCAUGAGGGUGCGACUCUAUAAAAUCGCUGUCGGAACGAGUUUUAAACUCUGGGGAAACUGGUUUUGAAGACUUAAAUGAGUACUCCAAGAAGUCCUGUCAGGGCACCGGGAUUGCCUCAUUUUUUCGCUCCUUUGGUCGUGGCUAAUUUAAAAAUAUUCAGCUCAGUAAAGGAAGGGUUUGUAGGGCAGCAGAGAUGGUUAAUGGGGGACCUACGGGGGUCUUGCUGGGGUAUUCCAGCUCCCAUCAUUCCUGGCCAUGCUGGUCCUCAUCCCUGAGGUAAAUCAAAGCCCUACCAUAGGGAUUACCAUCCAGUUUCCAGCUGACCACCUGCUGACAGCUACAAAUGUACGCUUAAUGAAGUGAUCUAUAUUUCCUAUUAGCCAAGUACAAAGAGAACACCUUUUUUGUUUCAACGACAUUUUCCCCCCAUUCUAAAAUAGUUAUACCUUGCCUCUUUGGGGGAAAUGCUGUUUCAAGAUGGCUGACAAGGCCUUAAGUCGGCCUUUAUCCACCUGACACCCUUCAGCAAUGUUAGAAACUCAGAUAUACUGCAUAAGCUAGGUGCCAAAUGGCUGCUUAAACCAGGGUUAUAGUCUCCAAAACGGAAUGUCUAGUUGCCAUUUUGGGACCAAAUGUGUUUUUCAAUAGGGCUUUCUGGUUCCUGAAAUUCGUUAUGGUUGUGCAGAUAAAAUACCAUGGAUGGAAUUCUAUAGGAUGUGUUGUUACUAUGUGAAAACAGGCAAGAUCCAAGGAUCCACCUCCAGAUGGUGGAGGCAUUAGGCACCAUCCUUGUGCCUGGGCAUCUUCCCUACAUCACAAGUGGUCGAUAGCCAGGUGCAAAAUGGCGCAUGGCAAAUUUCGAAUGCUGCCAUUCAGAUGCUUUAAACCACAGCUCCCAGCCAUCAGAGGAGCUGUAGGCGAAAAGUGUACUCCCAUCCCAUGAGUUGAUGUAAAGCCAGUUACUGACAUAGUUUUCUAUGUCUCAUCCCUCUUUGGAAAUGUCUCAGUUCUUUUGCCACAGCUAUUUCUUUGUGACAGGGAGUUCCGUAGUUCAUUUUUUCCCUCAGGAUGAGUACAGGCAUUGGCUCUGGCGGUAUGGUGACUCGGCUGCCCCAUUUUAAGCAGAUCCAAAGGCUCUAAAAUAGAGUAGCCCGGCCUCAAAUGUUGUCAACUCAUGGGCUACUCUCCUACUAUGAGAGAUGAGGAGCAAAGCAGCUGCAAACAUUUUUCUGGGAUCCCCCACGCUUGCUUGUUCAUAUUAAGCCAUAAUUUGGCUUGGCAUUACCUGUGAACCAGGUCACUGUCUCUAAUAACAUGGCAGCUCUUCCAAGGUUGCUUUGCCGGACUUUUUACCAGAGACCUUUUUAGCUGGAGAUGCUGAUGACAGUAUCUGGAACAAAGCAAGUUCUCUUAUACUACUGAACUUGUGCCUCGCCCCAAAUUCCUCCCUUCCCCUUAACCCUAGAUAGAUGAAAGGAGCAAGCUGCAAAUCAUAUUCAAAUAUUUGACUGUAGGAUUUCAAUUUAGGUAGUAUAAUCCUUGUGGUUGUCUCUCAAUUUAAUCCCUGCGCUAAUAUCUGAUGUUGGUUCUCCAAGCUGGGCUUUUUACACCUGCCCCAGUGAAUUUGCAAGUUUGCAACAGGCCUUUGUGGGUGCCCUCCCCUUGCAGAAAAGCAGCAGCAAACUGUAGAUGUGGAUUGUGAUUUACUGAGUGACAGUCCUGGCUUCCAGAGGCUCUUGUGAGUUAAUAGGUAGCUCUUUUCUGCCUCUUCCUCUGCAGUGGCCAGGUCCAAAGUUAAGCAGCUGCAGGGAAAUGGCUUCUGUAUCAUAAAAUUCCCUUCUAGGGCUUAAGGUCCAGAACUAGUGCCACAGAUCACCUCCAAAAGUCGUCUUGCAGCUUAGAUUUUUGCAGCUUAGAUGAACGCAGAGUUGUUUAUGUGCUGCAACUGACUUGACAUGAUUUUAAACUUAUUUUCUAUCACAUCAACAUUCCACCUUUCCUCCAGGGACCAAAAGGGUCCUCCCACAAACCAUUUUUUCCUGGCAGGUUUGGCUGAGAGAUAGCGACUGCCAAAAGGUCACCCAGUGAGCUUCAUGGCUGAGUAGGGAUUGAACCCUGGCCUCCCAGAUCCCGGGCCAACUGCAACGCCGCAGUGACUUUUGAAGCAAGGGAAACCAUUUCUGAUAGGGAUGGGUGGAUUUAGAGCAACAUGGCCCAGCUUCUUGUUUCUGGAAUCGUGGUGGGACCACCAGUUUCAAAACUGAAAUUGGCACCCUCUGAAUCCCUGGGCUGUUCAGGUGUGGCUGUUUGUGGGGUGCUGAGUCACGAUAAAGUGCUGUACAGCAUUCUUUGCUGGAAUCCCCAGUGACCAGCCUGUGGUUUCCUUAAAAUGAUGCAGUCUAGCUUCUCUCCACUUUGUUUGGGACCCCUCAAUGAGCGAAGGGGUUACAGCCUCCUGCCUGCAGAUUCUCCCCUGGAAAUGCGUGUUUGCAUUUGUCGCAGUACAGAGAUAAUUUUAUCUAAGGAAUAGAUUGCUUUUUUUGGAUCUUGUUUUGUCAGAAGCCCCCCCAUCCCCCUCCCGCUUUUAGAACUAAAGCACCAGGCAGAGUUACAAGGCUGUGAAUGUGUGUGCCCUUCAAAUGGCAACAGAGAUUCACUGGUUGUCCACUGACGUCUUUAUUCUGUUAAGAACGUUUGGUUUUGGAGAACAGGGUCUCCAUUGUGUGCCAUUUGCUUGCCUUAGAACCAAAGGACCUAUUGCUCAUGUUUCCUGAAUGAGCAAUGCAUCUAUUUCUAAAAGAUGUACAGCCCACCCCUAUAAAACAAAUGCAAGGCAGUUCUGCCAGCCAACUCUUGUUACAUUUUUAAAUUUACACACACACACCUGCAAAAAAACCAAAACAAAAAAACCAACAGAAAUCCUGAGCAGGAUACUUGGGUACAACAGAGCAAAAUAUUUUAAAAACCAAGGGUGUUGUGUGUUUCUUAGGGUAAGGAAGACAAAUAACGUUUCUAAUGCCGUUUACUGGGAUUUAAUUUAUUAGGUGCAUAAGAAACCCUGCAACAUUCCUCCAAUGAAAAUAAGGAUGUCCUAUCCCAUAAUAAUAGUAAUAAUUUAAUUAUUUAUACACCACUGACUGGGUUGCCCCAGCCACUCUGGGCAGCUUUCUCUCUCUCUGUCUCUCUCUGACAUAAUAAAACAUUAAACAUUGAAAAACUUCCCUAUACAGCCUUCAGAUGUCUUCUAAAGAUAUAGUUACUGAUAUCCCGUAUUUUUCGCCCUAUAGGACGCACUUUUUCCCCUCCAAAAAUGAAGGGGAAAUGUGUGUGCGUCCUAUGGGGCGAAUGCAGGCUUUCGCUGAAGCCUGGAGAGCGAGAGGGGUCAGUGCGCACCGACCCCUCUCGCUCUCCAGGCUUCAGGAAGCUAUCCACAAGCCUUGCAAGCCCGGCGGGAGGUCCCGCGGGCUCGCAAGGCUUGCGGGCAGCAGCCUGCAGCCCACGAGCUCGGGGGAUAGUGGGGAGGUGCAGCGCCGCCACCCCGCUAUUCCCGGACCUGGUCUGGAGGCUGGCAGGGGGGAGAAGCAAGCUUGCUUCUCCCCAUCGCCAGCCCCACAAGCUCGGGGGACAGCGGGGCAAGCCACUGCCCCACGGAGGCUAGAGAGGCUGUCCCUGAAGGCAGAAGAGGGAGACGGAGCGCUCCGUCUCCCUCUUCUAGCUUGGGGAUGGCUGCGCAAACCUGGGGGGGAAAUAAAAAAAUUUUCCUUGAUUUCCCCCCCAAAAAACUAGGUGCGUCCUAUAGGGCGAAAAAUACGGUAGUUACUUCUCUCCCUUGGUUCAGGGGGUCGCAUAACUCCAUUUUGUUGUUGUUUAGUCAUUUAGUCGUGUCCGACUCAUCGUGACCCCAUGGACCAGAGCACGCCAGGCCCUCCUGUCUUUCACUGCCUCCCGCAGUUUGGUCAGACUCAUGUUUGUAGCUUCGAGAACACUGUCCAACCAUUUCGUCCUCUGUCGUCCCCUUCUCCUUGUGCCCUCAAUCUUCCCCAACAUCAGGGGCUUUUCCAGGGAGUCUUCUGUUCUCAUGAGGUGGCCAAAGUACUGGAGCCUCAGCUUCAUGAUCUGUCCUUCCAGUGAGCACUCAGGGCUGAUUUCCUUAAGAAUGGAUAGGUCUGAUCUUCUUGCAGUCCAUGGGACUCUCAAGAGUCUCCUCCAGCACCAUAAUUCAAAAGCAUCAAUUCUUCGGCAAUCAGCCUUCUUUAUGGUCCAGCUCUCACUUCCAUACAUCACUACUGGGAAAACCAUGGCUUUAACUAUACGGACCUUUGUUGGCAAGGUGAUGUCUCUGCUUUUUAAGAUGCUGUCUAGGUUUGUCAUCGCCUUUCUCCCAAGAAGCAGGCGUCUUUUAAUUUCGUGACUGCUGUCACCAUCUGCAGUGAUCAUGGAGCCCAAGAAAGUAAUAUUUUUCUGGUGAAGAUAGGGAUGUCCUAAGGAAAAGGAGGAUUCCGGGAUCAAAUCAGAAACCAAGACUGCUUCUGUAAAUCCUGUAAAACACUCGUUUCGUUAUGUGUUUUGCUGCUUUUAUUUUCCCCCCUGUGCUAUCUAAUCUCUUAUUUAUUUGAAAAAUGCAAACUCUGUUGCAUUCCUCCCCCUACCCGGAAAACUGUUAAAACAACAAUGUUUACCUAGAACCGAGCACUUUCAUGGGCCAGGGGUGGGGCAUGGGUGCAUUUGGCUUGGGAAUUACUGCCUGCCAGCUAAAUUACCUGAUAAAAGCAGCUGAGGAUGGAAAUGAGGUCAUUCUGCAGAGCCAGUGGUUUGAGUCAGUUUCUUCUGACAUGGAAGUGAAGUGAGUAAUGAGUGCGUGGAUGCCCAGGGGCAGAGGGAGUGAACCUGAAACUAGCAAAGCCAGAAAUUCCACCAGGUGGGUUGAAGACCAGUUAACCUCCUCCUGACUCCUCUUUCUGCUCCAUCCAUGGCCCUUUGUGUGGGAGCCUCUCCUUCCCGUUGGCAAAUUAUUGCUGUUUUUAAAGUCCCAUCCCACCCACUUUCUGGAAGUGAGCAGUGGCUGGCAUAUUCAUGCUUGAGAGAAGGUCUAAACCACUGAGCCUCUUGGGCUUGCUGAUACAAAGGUCGGCGGUUCAAAUCCUUGCAACGGGGUGAGCUCUCGUUGCUCCGUCCCAGCUCCUGCCAACCUAACAGUUCGAAAGCAUGCCAGGGCAAGUAGAUAAAUAGGUACCGCUGUAGCGGGAAGGUAAACAGCGUUUCCGUGUGCUCUGGUUUCUGUCACAGUGUCCCAUUGCGCCAGAAGCACUUUAGUCAUGCUGGCCACGUGACCCGGAAAGCUGUCUGUGGACAAACACCAGCUCCCUCUGCGUGAAAGCGAGAUGAAUGCUGCAACCCCAUAUUCACCUUCGGCUGGACUUAACCGUCCAGGGGUCCUUUACCUUUUUACCUUACAUGAACCAGUGCGAAGGCUCUGCAAUGCUUUUGAACAGAAGGUGAGAGAACUGGUUUGUUGGAGCACCGUGUCAAUUAGAGAGUGUUUGGAGGUUGAAUCUAGAUGACCAUUGGCCUUUGACAUCUACAAUAUGUGGCUUUUAGGCACUACAUAAGAACCCAAGCAGGGACGCGGGUGGCGCUGUGGGUUAAACCACAGAGCCUAGGACUUGCCGAUCAGAAGGUCAGUGGUUUGAAUCCCCUGGCGGGGUGAACUCUCGUUGCCCGGUCCCUGCUCCUGCCAACCUAGAAGUUCGAAAGCACAUCAAAGUGCAAGUAGAUAAAUAGGUACCGCUCCGGCGGGAAGGUAAACGGCGUUUCCGUGCGCUGCUCUAGUUUCCCAGAAGCGGCUUAGUCAUGCUGGCCACAUGACCCGGAAGCUGUACGCCGGCUCCCUCGGCCAAUAAAGUGAGAUGAGCGCUGCAACCCCAGAGUCGGUCACGACUGGACCUAAUGGUCAGGGGUCCCUUUACCUUUAAGAACCCAAGCAGAGGCCAGUGGUCCAUCUCCUCCAGCAUCCUGUUCUCACAGUGGCCAACCAGAUGCCCAUUGUGUGAAAACCCCCGAGCAGGAUCCAAGCACAAGAGCCCUCUCCCGCCCUGUGGCUUCCAGUGACAGGCAUUCAGAAACGUUUAAUGCUCCCAACUGUGAAGGCAAAGCGUAGCCAUCAUAGCUAGUAGCCUUCUCCUCUGUGAAUUUGCCCGGUCCUCUUUUAAACCCACCUAGGUUGGUGGCCAUCACUGCCUCCUGUGGCAGGGAGUUCCAUAGUUUAACGAUGCACUGUGUGAAGGGGGGUUGUGGUCCAGAAUGUCCCGAGAGCACCAGCUUGGUGAAAGCUGCCCUAAUAGAAAUAAAUGUACCUGCAGCAGGGCAGGGGGAGGGGUGUGCCCAUUUCCCAGCAAUCUUCCCAGCAUCACACAGGAUCGAGAGACCUGGUCAUACGGGGGCUGUUUCUGUUUUCACUGAACACUCCUUCAUCAAACACGCGUUUGCAUCAGGUUUCGCCUUUUCUCUCUCCUUUCCUUCCCACUUCAGAUUCCGCCCACCUGUGCCAAUCUCAUGUUGCGGUACUAAACCCUGAGUCAUAGUAUUUACUGCUCUAUUCUUCCUGUAGGCAAAAGUAAUUUUUCUCUGCCCAAGUAAGGCUGGCGACUGUCUUGUGUGUAUGCAAGAAAGUUGUAAAAUCGUAGAAUCGGAAGGGACCUCUCCCCACCCCCCAGGAUCAUCUAGUCCUGCUCCCUGCAAUGCAGGAAUCUCAGCUAAAGCAUCCAAGACAGAUGGCCAUCCAACCUCUGCUUAAAAACCUCCAGCAAAGGAGAGUCCAGCACCUUAGAAGCUUGUCUGUUGCACUAACGGACAGCUCUUACCCUCCGAAAGUUCUUCCUAAUGUCUUCCUAAGCCUUCCCUCUUCCCUCCUCCCAACCUAUUUUGCUUAGGAAAUGUCUACAUGCUUUGGGGGGCAAUGGAAGGAAGUUUGUGCCAUUUAGGUACGCCAGCUGACCACGAGAACCUGGGUAGAUCAGACCGGGGAGGUUCAAUCCAGCGUUCCCCAUCAAAGGGCUCUCCACAUCAUGAUGAUGAACUCCAGCUCCCAUCAGUCCCUGCCAGCAUGACCACUGUUCAGCGAUGGUGGGAGUUGUAGUUCGAAAGCAUAUGGGAGGUGCCAAGUUGGGGGAAGGCUGACUUAGUCUUUAAGCUGCUUGCUGUUGUCUUCAAAUACUGAAGGGAAAUCCUCUCUUAGUACAUUGAGAGCAAUAUCAUGCCACUUUGAAGAACCAUGGCUUCCCACCAAACAGUUCUGGGAACUGUAGUUUGUUCAGGGUGCUGAGAGUUGUUAGGAGACCCCCUGUUGCCCUCACAGAGCUACAAUUCCCAGAGCAAUUUAACAGUCAGUCCCUCUUUGCAGGCAACUCUGGGAGCCGUAGCUCUGAGAAGGGAAUAGGGGUAUCUGAACACCUCCCAGCACCCUUAACAAACUACAGCUCUGGGGAAUAAUUGGUGGAAGCCAUGAAGGUUUAAAGUGGCACGAUACUGCUUUAAAUGGAUAGUGCAUAAUGGGGCCUUGAUAACUUUGAAAUUUCCUCUUUGCUACAGGGUCCUUGAUAUCAGGCCAGUCGAGCCAGGAGACGCUCGUUCAAGUUCCCGAGAACAGCGGUAAGUCCCGAAAAUGAUGGCUGCCUUCUCUUGCAAAAAGGAUUUCUGUGCUCUUUUUGUCGGACCCGGCAGCAGCUUUCCCCCUCCAGACGUGUUGGACUACAACGCCCAUCAGCCCCGGCAUCAUGCUGGUUGGGCUUAUGGCUUCCAGCUAGGGCUGAUGGGAGUUUGGUACAAAAUGGCCGUGUAGGCCGAGGGGUUGGAAUCCAAAACAUCUGAUGGUUGCUAGGCUUGGGAAGGCUGUCCUGUGUCAGGUGCCAGCCCAAGACAUUUUGCUGCCUGAAGCGGAGACCAGAUACCGCCCUGGUCCUGUCUCACUUGCAAAAGUUCUGCUGAAUUGCUCAGGCCCCAGUUCCUGCCUUCAGCCCUUCUCCCCCUCUGCAAGAGCUUUUCAGUCAUCCUCGUAGAAGGAGGUGUCUUCAGUCGGCUGUGUUGCAAGGCCAGGGUGGGGCAAGGUGCCCCCCCUAUGCCCCCAACAUUCAAAUAUAGCAAGGGGCAUCUUCACAACUCAGCUCCCCGCUUCCACAACAACGCACCCGUUUGCUUCCAUUCCUCUAGAACGACCCCACAGCAGGAUUUCCUUGCCCACAACCCUUUUCUCGCUCCCCACAGGAAACUGCUUUAUACUGAGUCAGGCAGGGGAAGCCCCCAGCCCAUCCUUCCUUGUAGUGAGUCAGACCCUUGGUCCAUCUAGCUCAUGGGCAGCAGUGGCUCUCCAAUGGUUUGGGGCAAUGAGACAUUCACAGCCUUGCAUGGGGAUUGAACCCCAGGACCUUCUGCAUGCAAGGCAGAUGUUCUGCCUCUGAGCUCCGGCCCCUUCUUCCCAAUUCCUAAUGCUUAAAAAUGUUGUAUUCCUCUUUUCCAUCUCUCUCUCCCACACCUUCUCCAAUUCAUUUUGUCAGCUGGAUAAUUUUAGAGCCUGGACUUAAUGGCACCCCCCACCCCUUUGCAAAACCAUGUGUGCUCAUUUAUUCUUGAAGCGUGUAAUUAACACUUAUCUUCAUUCAUUGUCCCCCUCCCCCCUCACCAUUCCAUGCUUUACAAGCUGCUUCUAAAAUCCUGAAGUGUUGCAGCAAAAAACAGGCAAAAGCAGUUUGACUUCCCCCUGAUAUGUGGUAUUAUUAUUAUUAUUUAUUAUUAUUAUUUUAUUUAAGAAAGAGAUACUGAUAUUUUGACAGGAUGGUAUAUACGUGUUGGGGGUGGUGGUGUAGAAAAAGAUAACAUACCCUUAAGGUAAAGAUAAUAAAAUGACUGAUGCUCAUUAGGUAUCUGCCUAAUUAGGGGAGCCAAUCAACAUUAGUGCUGCCUACCAGGCCAAUUCCAUGCCAACUGCUAUCUUUCCACAGUGGCUAAUUGAUGUCUAUUUUUAGCCAUGUUUUUACUGUAUGAUUUUACGUAUGCAGAUUUCACUUGGGUAUCUAUCUCCCUUGUGUUUCAAAAAGUACGGAUAAGAAAAGGAAAAGUGUAAAACUAAUUCAGAUGAGCCUUCCAGUAAGUAUUAAUGCAUAUGGUGAUACAAAACACAGCCCAUGCUGUUUUCUUUUACAUGAUGGAUUCAGAUUUAAUAAAAUUUUCAUCCCUCAAAUGACAGCUUGUCCCCAAUAGUUAUCCUCAUCUACUUAUCUGGAGCCACAGAUACAAAGCCAUUGAUUUAGUGAAUCUUCAUCUCAAAAGUGCCCUGUAAAUAGAAUACUCCAAAGAAUGUCCUUGAGGGAGAGAGAGACAGACAGAGAGUGCAUUUUUUGGAAAAAGCAUUCUUCUAUCCUUUGCAGUACAUGAGAAAACCCUCUUUUGCCAAAAUUAUAGCUAGUUGUUUCCUGGGGCUUUGGUGCAGUGGCCCUGGGCCUGUUUAAAGGGCAUUCUGUUUCGGCGCCCACAACCCAGGUCCCAGGCAACUUCCUGGAGCUUGGAUGAUGCUGCUUCUCUAGGAACUUGCGCCAGACUCUCCGGGUGAUCCAUGUGUCCCAAUGUGAUGCUUUUCUGCCUUCCCGCUUACCCGUGUUCUUCUUCCCCUUUAACAUUUCUUUAGAAGCACGACUGCCUUGCAAGGCAUACCAGGGCUCCCCAAGGCGUGUGGAGUGGAAAUUCCAGGGGGAUGGCUCCACAACACUCUUCUAUCUUGACGGUCACUUCACAGGUGGGUAGUUUAACUGUGUGUGCGUUCGUGUUUCGGAGGAUGAGUUAAUUCUAAAAGGGGGCUUUUGAGGUCCUAGAAGAUAACUUCUGCUGAAGCUGGAACCCUUUAUUCUUAUUCUCUGCCAUAUGGGUCCUACCUGGAAGAGUCUUAGGCCAUAGGGAGAAACCAAUUGGGUCAGGAGAAGUGUACAUCCAGGUUCCUUGAUUCAAGGCAGGGAGGAGGUUGCCCCUCUUCCCUGUUGAACAUCCAUCUGCCUUGCUAGGUUGUUUGUCCUGCUGUCUCCUCGUUUCCAGUGUUUGUAGCACCUGAAACUGAGCCUCUAAGGCAGAGUAGGGAUGCUGUUGGAGUACCAGCUGCCUAACAGUCUCCCUUCCGGAGCUGGAUUUGACCUUCUUGGCUAGCUUUCCUAGGACCUUUCAAGAUCUUCCUACGCUGCUCAGAUUUCAGCAGGGUUUGUAUUUGAUGCCAGAUAUUAUUAUUAUUAUUAUUAUUAUUAUUAUUAUUAUUAUUAUUUAGCUAGCUAGCUAGCUUUACUCAUGGAAAUGACUCACAGUGACUUAGGCACAAUAAAAAUACUAGCCAGUUAUAGUAAAGGCAAUCAGUAAAAUCAAAACUCAUCCAUGCACAAAUAAAAGGCAGGCGAGCCAUUCUACAAGCAAGGAGCCACCACGGAAAAGGCACGUUCUUGUGCUGUGCCACCCUCCCUGUGCUGGUAGCACAUGGAAAGGGGCCUUAAUGACUUAAAUGUCAUCAGAUAGACACCCCUCUUGCCAAGGAACAAUCAGAAGCCAAUUUUAAGCCUCCCAGUGGAUCCUUCGCAGCAGUCUUUAUCUGCCCCACACCUAGCAUUUGGUGUGGGCAGUGGGGGGCCUACAUUUUGUGGCCCUGAAGCUUGAUCUGUUAUGGGGGGCCCUUUGUAACCAGCAAUAAGGUCUGGGUAACAGCUGCUACCUACUUCAAUGGGGUCAUUCCACAACAGAUCACCUACAAAUUUUUCUUUAAAAAAUUAACUACCACAUCUCAGAUUUUGAUUAAAAUUGCUGUACUGGAUUAUCUCACAUGUCAAAAUCAAUAAAGUGAAUAAAAAAUUCCUCUUCCUUCCUGUGGAAUGCCUUCCCAUCAGACGUCAAGGAGAGAAAGAACUAAUCCAGUUUAUAUGUACUGUAAGCCACCCCAAGUGGCUGGGGAAACCCAGCCAGAUGGGUGGGAUAUUGUUAUUAAUAUUAUUAUUGAGUUAUGGGGGAUAAAAAUUAGGGAAAUGUUAUAUACACGCGUGAUGCAUCAUAGAAUGAUGAGAUUGGGUCUCCUAGACCCAUUUUUAAAAAUCAAUAUGGACUAAGUUCACUUCUGGGAGUCUUCCCGUGUUGAAUGGGGCCUGGUUUGGAGAAAACAGCCUUGUUCAGGGCUCCUACUAGGCAGAAUUAGGCCCUGCAGUUUGAUGAUUCCACCAGUACUGAGGCAAAAUUAUCACCACUUGUGCUCAAGUAUUCCCUGAAAGAGCUUAUUUCUUGGUGUUUUCUCAUGCUCUGAGGGCCUUCUCCCCCCCCCCCCACAGACCCCUACCAGGAUCGCGUUGUGUUCCAUCCCAAUGAACUCUUUUUCAAAUCGGUGACUCGGAAAGACACGGGCCUGUACAUCUGCGAGGUGGUUGACACUUCAGAGGGCUAUCGGCAUUCCUCUGUGCGGCUCAUUGUUCAAGGUACGAAAUGUCAUUUUAUGUCCAGAAUCCUUCAUGACCCUGACCACUGGCCUCCAGAAGCUCAACAGCCCAACAAGCUUGGUCCAAAGGUCUCUCAGCGCUCUUGUGUCAAGCAGCCCGUUAAUGAGGAAUGAAUUAUUUUAAUACCUCGACCACAGCAAUUGGUAGCCUCACAGCUGGAUUACUGCAAUACUUUCAGUGCGGAGCUGCCCUUGGGGUUGAUUCAGAGGCUGCAGCAGGCACAGAAUGUGGCGGCUUAGUUGCUUGUUGGGCGAGAAACAACCUUCAGCAUAGAACGCCUUGCUUGCAGGAUUUGCACAGGCUGCCCAUUUGCUACCAAGCCAAGCUAUAUGUACUAACAUACAGUAAAAGGCCACAUGCAGCUCACGACCAGCUUACUUGAGAAACCAGAUCGCUGUGGUCUGAAGGAGAGUCUCUCUUGCAAGUUCCUAAGAUCUCAGAAUCCCACUCCACGGAGCAGGGCUGCCCCUGUUCUGUGGAAGAACAUUCCUGCCAAGAUACGCCAAUCAAUUCCUCUUCCCCGGGAACUCUGGGAAAUUGGAGCUCUGUAAGUGGAAUAGUGGGGCCUCCUAGCAACUCUCGGCACCCUUAAGAAACUACACCUCCCAUAAUUCUUUGGGGGAAGCCAUGACUGUCCAUAGUGGUAUAACUGUUUUUAAUUUAUGGUGCAAAACGGACCUUAGUUAGAAGAUGGCAACAAUGAUGACAAUAUUAUUAGUGCAAUAUUGAGGAGGUUUCUCUGUGUGUAUUCCUCACCCAGAUCUAACUAGAGAACACGGAGAAUAAUAAGAAGGCUAGCUUUUGCCCUAACAAGAUUAUGAUGGGAUGUUUCCUCAAAGGCAAAAGAAUAGUGGGGUGUUUUCCCCUUCAGAGUCAGGCUUCCCAUACAGUGGUGCGCAAGCUUUGUUCAGGUGGCACAUAGGAAGCUGCCUUAUACUGUUGCUCCAUCCAACUCAGUAUUGUCUACACUGACUGGCAGCGGCUCUCUGGGGUUUCAGGCAGGAGUCUCUCCCAGCCGUACCCAGAGGUGCUGGGGAUUGAAUUUAGGAGCUUCUUGGGGGUAAAGCUGAUGCUCUACCACUGAGCUGUGGUCCUUCCCCUGGUCCGUGGUGUGUCUGUAAAAAUACAAUGAAAAAAAUGAUCCAGGAUCCAGCGCCAGGCAAUGCAAUUGCAACAACAAGCAGAAUCCCCCCUCCCCGAUUUGUUUAUUUGAUUUUCCAUAUUGCAAUUUACAGUCAUACCACAACACCUUCCAUAAGUACAAGAUUCCCACGAAUCUCUAGACUUUCUUCCUCCCCCUCUGUGGGUCCCAUUGUUAAACUGCAUCUUAUAUGAUAAUCCGAAAAUUUUAUAUCUCCAUUGUAUCCAUGGUUCUCAUUAUAUUACAAGUGUUAUUGCAAUCCCACUAACGAUUUUAAUUGUUUGCAGUGGUCCCCAAGGUAAAUUAUAAAUCUACCCCAUUCCUUAUUGAAAUGUUGGUCUUCCUGAUUUCUGAUUUUUCUGGUCAUUUUUGCCAUUUCGGUUUAGUCCAGCAACUUGAUCUGCCAUUCUUCUCUGGUAGGGACUUUGUCUUCUUUCUAUCUCUGGGUUAGCAGCAUCCGCGCAGCUGUCGUUGCAUACAUAAACAGUCUUUUCUGUUCCUUUGGAAUUUCGGCGCCUAGAAUUCCUAAUAGAAAAGCUUCUUGUUUUCUUUUUGUAAGUGUUAUUUUAAACAUUUUAUUCAAUUAAUUAUAUAUCAUUUCCCAUUAAAAAUCAUUUAAGUGAGCCACAAAGACCCUCAGCAAUUUUCAAGUAGUCUGGGAACCUCUGGUUUAGAGCAAAGGAAUUUAGGACCGGUGGAGUGCAUGUUUUUCAAGUUGUCCUGCACAGCUGCUCGCCUUUCACAAACUAACUGAGCGUUCCUGCAACAACACCACCACCUUUGUUUCUCUAACGGACGUCUCUUGGCCUUGCAGUCCCGCCCUCGAAGCCCAAGGCCCAAGUGCCCUCUGUGGUCACCAUUGGCACCAAAGCGGUUCUCACCUGCGUGGAGACAGACGGCUCCCCGCCUCCCACCUUCACCUGGUUCAAAGACAACAUCCCGAUGCCCCAAGACCCCAAAACCAACUCCCUGUUCAGGAAUUCAUCCUACACGAUGGACCCCAAGACGGGGCUUCUGGUAGGGUCUUGAAAACAGGCUCUAAGCUUUGUGAAUUCUGCCAUAUUUUGGGGGGGUGGUGGUGGUGGUGCUACUCUGACUUUCGAAUUGGGGGUGGGGAGAGAAGAAGAAGAGGGGGGAAACCCGUUGUGUUCUGCAACUCGUUUUUUAUUUUUAUUUAUUCCGUAACAUACACUGCUUGACUGUAGAAAACACCUCAAAGCGCUUACUGCAUUAUUCACACUGAGAUGGUUACACAGUGUAACUCUGCUCUGGCAAGCUUUUGAAGGCCUUUGGCUGAGAGUCGACAAGUGGAAACUAUUGGAAAGUUUGGCAGCCUUGUGUGUUGAAAAAUAAGGGGUCCUUGGGCAUGAGGUUUGUUGAGAGGGGAGGCCAACAGUGAGGAAUAGUAAGUCUUCUACUCUCAGUUAUGCUACCUUAAUGCCACACGCACACUAGUCUUUAUUUUAUUUUGCCUUUAUGUCCCACCUUCUCCCAAGGUGGCUUUUGUGGUUUUCCCACCCAACACACCUCAUUUAACUCCCCACAACAACCCUUUGAGGUAGGUUAGGCUGAGAGGCACUGACUGGCCCUCAAGAUCACCCAGGGAGCUUCAUGGCCGAGUGAGGAUUUGAACCCUGGUCUCCCAGGUCCUAGUCGGACACUAACCACUACGCCUCACUGCCUUACUUAAGGUGCCAUGAUACCACUGUAGAUAGUCAUGGCUUCCCCCAAAGAAUGUUAUUUUCAAGGGUGCUGAGAGUUUUUUGGAGGCCCUCCUAUUUCCAUCACCGAACUACCAAGUUUCCAGAGUUGCCUAGGAAAAGCGGUCGGCUGUUGAAGCACGCUGGGAAUUGUAGCUCGGCGAGGGGAAUAGGGGAUAUCCUAACAAAUCUCAGCACCCUUAACAAACUACAGUUCCAGGGAUCCUUCUUGGGAGGGGGAAGCCAAGACGUUUUAAAGGGGCCUAGGUUUCUUUGGGAGAACAUGAAAGUGAGGUUGAAGAUAGUGCCCCAUACUAAGUACAAAAAAGGGGAGAAGUAACUGUAUCGUUCUGCUUGCGUGCUGUUUUAAAUCAAACUAUGGUUUGAAGGUGAACACACAGCAGGCUGGCAUGGGCUGAAAUUGUUGAUUCUUUGCACCUCCUUCCCCAUUACUUCUGGCUUUCGAGUAGACAAGAGAGGUCUCCUGACCCCUGGGAAUUGCGUGCUGCUGAGACCCCUCUUUUUCUCCCUCUCUUUCAGUCUUUUGAGCCCGCGAUGGCCUAUGACGCUGGGGACUACUACUGCCAGGCAGACAACAAAGUCGGGGCCCCCCAGAAGUCCGACACGGUGCGCAUGGAGACCAGUAAGUAGGCCCGACUGGUGGUGGGUUGCCUUAAUGGUCGGCUCUACUGUUUGGCUAUAGAGGGAACGAACACCUGAGAGCAGAUCUUUGCAACCUGAACCCAAAUGCCUUUACAGAUAUUUAUGAAAAAUGCAUAAAUACAUAAUAUUCCAGAGCUUCCCUUAUAUAUUAUUUAGGUUUUAGGGGUUUUGGAGGAUGAAGGCACUGGAAACAGUUUACUUAAUAACGUUAGCUCUCCCUUUUGUGCCUAAAUAUAUGUGUAUACCUGGAAUGAUGUGAAAGAGUUAAUUGCAAUUUUAGAUUUGACUGGUGUAUUAUCUGUUGCAGUUGCCCACUUUUCACUUACAUUGUAUUUGUUCAGUGUGUGCAUGCGUGUGUACACACACAAACAACAACAACAUGGCACUAGUAACAGAUGACAAUUAAAAUAAAAAUAGAAGGGGAUAUCUAGAAAUAAACAUAAUAGGAGCACAUUUCCAAAAUCAAACAAAAUAAAUUAAUAUCACAAGCUUGCAAAUGUGUACAUUAUCCUGUACCUUAUUCCUCCAGUACAUUAUAAAAAGACUCCCAUUUCUCAAUACUGUAAAGGCAUCUUCUUGUCUCCCCUCUGUGUUUCUUACCAUCUCUGUAAGCUUAACCAUGCAUAUACUGUGUCCCAGAUUUUAGUUAUGCAUUCUCUUGAGGAUGGUAUUCUCAUUUCUGCCCUGCCCCCAAUUUUGACAAAUGCUGUAACCAUUCUGGCAGCAAGUUAAGAGAUGUUUGCAUUAAUUCCCUGUCCCCUUCGUGCAGUUUCUUCAACAUAUUCAGAUGGUAAAAUUAGAGGGUCCAUGAGUAAGGUAUAGCCAGUUAUUACUUCAUUAUGUUCUAGUAUUCUUUUUAUGAAUAAUGAAUUUCCGAAUAUGAAAUUUUGGUGCUCUCAGAGGGAGCUUAACAUCCCUCCCUCAUUGUCUACAGCCUUGAUCAAUACUAGGAUACGGUGAUUUAGAAGGUGCUUUCCACUAUUGGGAAAAAAAGGUCAGGAAUUUCCCAAGAUGAGUUGGCUGAAGUAUGGGAUUGGAGAAGUGGAAGUAAGAUCACGAACAAAAGGAUCUUGGUGACAGGGCAGGAAUGAUGAAAAGAUACCUGAAACUAAUCCAUUAAUUGGCGUUCCAAAUACAUUCUAGUAUUUGUCUUUGGAAAAAACAGGAUAAGGCCGCAGAAGCCCAGUAGGAAUGGGGAAUUGCCAGAUAAAGAGGAAAGUUAUUACAAGUGUGGGGUGGCACUCCCAAGGCAGUUGGCCAAAGGUGACAACAGGCCUCAGGCGGGGAAAAACCAUCAUUAGACACCCCUGCUGUAAAGAGAGAAAUGAGUAAGAAACAAAAUCUCACUGCGUGUUAGGUUUGCUGCCCCACUUCAGCCAAAGUUGAAGGAGAAAACCUCCAGUGAAUUAGAGUCAGUCCAAGGUAUACAGGUGUACAGGUGUCACCAGACGGACUCUCCUUCAUUGGAGUUUUGAAGCAGAAGUUUGGAUGGCCGCCUGCCAGGGAUUCUUUACCUGCGACUCCUGCAUCGCACUAGAAUGACCCUCAGGGUCCCUUCCAACUCGACAAUUCUAUGAUUCCAUGCUGUUUUGCCAGACUGUGUAGGGUCUUGCUGUGUGACAGGCUCCUUUUCAGAAGAGCUGAAUACCAUCUUCCUUUUCUGUGCAGGUGAAGUCAACGUGGGCGGCAUUGUUGCUGCUGUGGUGGUGCUUCUCAUUGUCCUAGGCCUGGUGAUCUUUGGGGUCUGGUUUGCCUACACCCGGGGCUUCUUCAGCAGUAAGUAGCAGGCUAUGCACUUGAACCGAUCAUGUCAUGCAAUGUUUAGUUUGAUUAUAUAUGUGGCUUCCUCCACUGAGGCGGCCUGGCAAGGUUUUCUGGGCUUGGCGUUUGGUUUAAUAUCCCAUGCACUUCCCCAAAUAGGUGGGAGCCUGCAAUAUGGGGAUGACAUUGGGCUCCCUUACAUGGUUGUCGAAUCGUGGCCAUAAAUGACGUAGGUGAGGUGCUUGUAAGGCUCUUAAACAAUCCUGUGAGGCAGCUGUGCCCGCUGGUGGCUCAGGGGAGCUGUAGCCAAUAACCUCUGGAAAGAACCAAGCUGGCAAAAGGCUGACCUAGGCUACAGACUAAACACUUAACGCACUGUGAUGAACUUGAAACUGUCAUGGCUUCCCCCAAAGAAUUUUGGGAGCUAUAGUUUAUUAAGAGUGCUAAGAGUUGUUAGGAGGCCUCUGUCCCUCUCCCAGUGCUACAGUUCCCAUUAAAAUUGUUAUUCCAUUUUGGCAGUUGUAGCUCUUUGAGGGGAAUUGUGGGUCUCCUAGCAACCCUGCACCCGUAACAAAAAUAGCCAGGCCACAUUCACACCAUACAUUUAUAGCAGUAUCCUAUCACUUUACACUGUCAUGGCUUCCCCCAAAGGAUCCUGGGAAAGGAAGUUUCUUAAGGGUGCCCUGUUCCCCUCAGAGGGCUACGAUUUCCAGAGUGGAUUAAUAGUUAUUUCAUCUUCCCAAAUAGUCUCCAGACAGAAAUAGUCUCCAGACAGAAGUUUUAGGAUUAAGAACUGUCGAGAAUCUUCUUUAUUAAAAAGUGGUAGCUUUGAGAGCUGCAUAGAGGACAAGGUCUUGGCCUAGCACCUCACAGGAAACUCUGCAUACAAGCAGAGAGGAUAGCUUUUUAGAGACAUGUUACAAAGCAUCAAAGCAAGUGUCACAAAUAUGACCGCAAGCAGUCAGUUUAGACUUGGAACAAUACGAAAGGGAAGUUGAUCAGCAAAUCAGCUGAAUGUGACUUUUUGCAGUCUAGACAGUAGAGCAUCUGAGGUACUUUCAGAAGAUACCACUGCAUUCCUUCCUUCUCCUUUUCUGAAAAGCUUGAAACAUCACAUCUUCUCUCUCUCUCCUGUGUCUGACCCAUUUCAAGAAAUAGGAUAGGAACAGAGUUUACUGGGAUUAGUCAAGUGCCCCCAAAAGAAGUCCAAGUAGAUCCUAACCCAAUUUUGUCUCCACACUGGGAGCUCUGCAAAUUGUAUGAUUCCCAGGAUUCUCUGAAGGAAGCCAUGACUGUUCAAACGAUACAAUCCUGCUUUAAAUGUAGAGUGUGAAUGCGGCCUGGCUGUAGUUUGCUAAGGGUGCUGACAAUUCCCAGAGCUACAAUUCCCAGACUUCCCUGAGAAGAGGGGUUGACUGUAAAACCAUUCUGGAAAUUGUAGCUCUGGGAGUGGGAAAUAUGGGUGUUUCUUCAGAACUCUUCAGCAUGUUAGUAAACUACAGCUCCCAGAACUCUUUUGGGGAAGGAGCCAUGACUGUUUAAUGGGGUGUUACUGUGCUUUGAAUGUAUGGUGUAAAUGUAAUUGUCAGAAGAAGAUUUGCUCAAAUGAUUUGAGGAAACUGAAGUUUGCCUUGUUGGCUAAAGUUUUGUUUCCCCCCCUCUUUUUCAGAAAGAAGAGAGUGAGUAGAAGCUUGGCCAGUUGGGUUGGCGGCGUCGGUGUCUCCUCCACCAGAACCCUUCUUCCCACCCACAUUGCCCUGCCUCUCUCAUCCCCUCCCCACAUAUUCCUCCUGCCCCCAAAACUCUUAUAUGUUGGCUGAGGCUUGGGGACCACUGGGUCCCCCUUGGCCCCAUUCCUAGCCACCGGCGAGGGUGGUGGGAGUGGAUGGCGCUUGCAGAAGGAGCCACGGUGUGCCAGCCUCCAGUGGAAGCCUCUGGGUGUCAGGUGCCCAGAGUUAUUUAUUAACGAACUUGUAUACAUUGCUUAUAUGCGAAAAGGGGUUGCAUCUGGUGUUAGCCCUACUCAGAGUAGACCCACUGAAAUUAACCGGCAUGGCUAAGGUGGGUCUGCUCUAAAUAGGGCCACAUUCAUGCCAUGCAUUUAAAGCACUGUGGUGCCACUUUAAAUAAUUAUAGCUUCUUCACCCAAAGAAUCCUGGGAACUGUAGUUUGUUAAGAGUGCUGAGAGUUGAUAGGACACCCGUAUUCCGCUCACAGAGCUACAGUUACCAGAGUGGUUUAGCACUCAAUCUCACUUCACAGGGAACUCUGUUGACUCCUCUUAAGAGCCAACAGUGUGAUGCAGCAGCAAAAAAAGCAAAUGCGAUUCCAGAUAGCAUCAAUAGAAGUAGAGUGUCCACCUCAAGGAAAGCCAAAGUGCCACUCUGUUCUGCCUUGGUUAGACCCCCACCUGGAUUCAUGUGUCCAGUUUUGGGCGGCACAUUUUAAGAAAGGUGUUGACAAGCCGGAAGGUGUGCAGAGGAGGGCGACCAGGAUGGUCAGAGGCCUGGAGAUCAAGCCUUAUGAGGAAUGGUUGAGGGAGUUUGGGAUGUUUAGAGAGGUGAUAGGAUAGCCAUCUUCAAAUAUUUUAAGGGCUGUCACACGGAAGACGGAGCAAGCUUGUUUUCUGUUGAUUCAGAGGGUGGGACCCAAAUUGAUGGAUUAAAAUGACAAGGAAAUUCCAACCAAACUUUAGGAAGAACUUUCCAAAGGUACAGCCUUUUGACAAUGGAACGGACUACCUGAGAAGGUGGACUCUCCUUCACUGGAGCUUUUUAAGCAGAGGUUGCCAGGGAUUUUUGAGCUGUGGUACCUGCAUUGCAGAGGGUGGGACUAGAUGACUCUUGGUGGCCCCUUCCAACUCUGCAACCUGUGAAUUGUAUGGUGUGAAUAUGGCCUGGGAUUUAGCUGAAUGGCACCCUCAGCAUUCCACCUUCUGCCUACGCUUCUGGGAUAUCUUCCUCUAUUGCCAGGUCCCUGCCUCUAAUUUCUCAUUUCUCCACCUGUUUUAGCACCACCAGCAAUAAGAAGGUCAUUUACAGCCAACCUUCUACCCGAAGUGAUGUAAGUAGAACAGGAACUUGCUCUGUUCUUUCCCCAGAAAAGCUGGUUUUGUUAGGCGUGGCAAUGAUGUAAUGAGUGGUGUUUUUGGCAGCCUCCGACUGGGAGGAAUGAUGGGGCCGCUCAAGUCUCUGGUGGGUUUGCAAACGUGCUCAUAAAUUUAUUUCUUUAUUUGGAAGAGAAAAAGGUGGGACCAUGAGCAGGGGGUAGUCAACCUUUUCAUACCUACCACCCACUAAUGCAUCUUUCUUGAUGGUAAAAUUUCCUUACCGCCCACCAGUGCUCGAUGGAAGGAGGAUUCAGCUUGUACCAUAGAACCCCCUGCUGCCCACCUAGAAUCCUGAAACACCCACUAGUGGGCGGUAGGGACCAGGUUGACAACCCUUGGUUUAAAGGGUACCUAUGUAGGUUCUCUCGGACAGCGCACACCAACUUGGGUGAUUUCCUAGACCAGUGGUUUCCAAACUUUUGGGGGGCCACUGCCUCCUUGGUGCCAUAAACCCAUCCCCAGUGCCCCCUACCCAACCCAGUAAAAUGAAUUCUUCAGAACUGAAGUUCAAAAUGUUAACAAACUUGACCGCGUGCUUAUAUAAAAAAUAAAUACAUGCCAAAAUAAAUAUAUGAUCUGAUCUAAGCUUGUGGAUGGAUAGAUAGAUAGAUAGAUAGAUAGAUCGGUCGCAGCAAAGAAUAUUGCAUGAAAAUUUUUUUGACACAUUCUUACUAACAAAAACAUAAGGGGUGAAUGAAGUUUAUAGCAUAGAAUAUUUAUUUAUAACUACCAAACAUGCACAAACCCUCACCUACCACAGAUGUACAAUAACUAAUUUAUAAGAGAAUAAAGAGCUAUUAUUGUGACAACUUAGCAUCAUAGCUACAAACAAACGUGACCAAAGUAAAUAGCUUUGAAAGUGAUAAGAGUGGUAAAACUUUAAAUAUGAAGCAAGGGAGGUGUUUUGCUCUAGGCUCUAACCUGGUCAUUUGUUAAAUAAGUGAUCUGUGUGCUUGGAGGGGCCCAUCUGCAACGCCCCCUUGCCUGUUAGACACCCCCAUGUAAUCCCCUCCCAAGGAGUGGUCCUGCCCACUUUGGGAAACACUGGUCUGGAGAGAAAGUAUUGGCUGUGUCUAAGCUACAAGUUUGGAUGUUGGGUGGCUGUUCUUGGCCUGUUACAGAAAAAAUCCAAAGGUUAAUAAUAAUAAUAAUAAUUUAUUUAUACCCUGCCCAUCUGGCAGGGUUUCCUCAGCCACUCUGGGUGGCUUGCAGCAUAUCUAAAAACAUAAUAGUAGUUCAGUGCCCCAGCUUCAACACACAGUCGCACACACCUGCGACAGCAAGCCCACCUUAACAGGAUUAGAAGAAGCCAAUGUGUGUGACAAGUUUUGAACGCAUGGAAAGUGCAAUAUCAGGGCAAAGUGUUUAUUAUUAAACACUCUGCCAUCCUUUUGUGGCCACGUGGCCAUUGUUAGCAAUCGUGGCAUGCUGGUGGUACAAGAUCACUCUCAAAGACGGGAGGAGACGCAGGCGUACAGUUAAGAGCUGUGAGGAUUAUGCACCUUGAAACUUUGGGGUUCUGAAUUUAUGCGGUCUGGCUCUCUACAGCAGCCUCCCCCAAGCUGGCUGAGGACUGAUGAGACUUGUAGUCCAAAGCCCCAGCUGGAGGGGAGGCUGCCCUGCUGGCUUUCUCAUGCUGUGUAACUUAGAGGUUUCUUCUCUCUCUUUCUCUUUUUCCAGGGUGAAUUUAAACAGACGUCUUCCUUCUUGGUCUGAUCUCCACUCUCAUGUUGCCUUCCACCAUGUAUUAAAGUCUAACCUCUCCCUCCUCUUGAGGCUGUUGUAAAUGUUCCUUAUGAAUCUUUGUAAUUAAGCGUGAUUUUUUUAAAGAAACUGUUUUUAAGAAAAGAUGAAGUGUGCCGUUAUGAAUUUUGUUUUAAUGCUUUAAACCCUUGGUCACUACUCAGCUGAAGAGCAUCAAUUUAUGGCGGUCUCAUUAGGGGCCUGGCCAUCGAGUGCAAUCCUAUCCGUGCCUACUCUGAGGGUCAUAUGCAAUGAAGUUUUUACACAGAGGAGACCCACUGAAAUUAAGAGACCAAAUUUCAGAAGCUGCAGUCAUAGCAAAUGCAAACAGCCACCGCAGUGCCUCUCGUUUGGGUGGAAUUAACUGUGAAGGGACUAUUGCUGUCUUGUAAAACUUCAUUGAAUACCACCGACCAAGUCCUAUUGAAUUCAGUGAGGUUAGGAUUGCAGCUUGGAAAACUUAGUUUGGGGCUCCUAGGCUUACCUUUUGACCCUUGCAAGCUGCCCAGGUUUGACCUGUAGGGCAUUGCCUUUUGGGAUGUCAGUGGCAUCCCACAAUCUGAGAUGGCUUAAGUCAAAAUUGUACCUAUGAAAUCCCUUCCUGGCCUUGAACCCCUUCUACCUCAGAUUGGCCUCCAAAAAAGAAGAGAAUUGGUUUUGAGAGCAGAAUUAAUAAUCGUGUCUGGAUGCUUCCUGGAAGAGUCAACGAGGGGCCAGAGGAUAUCGAUAAAUCUACCGCCACACAGUGCAAACUUGUAUUGUAUUGUCCUGUAGCUGCGAUCCAGCACAGAAUUAGAAUAGGGUCUUACAGCCCAGUCCUAACCACAUCUGCUUGGAAGUCAGUCUUGUUGCAUUAAGUCACGGUUACUCCCAGGUACAGGAUUGCAGCUGUGGCCCAUUAAUCUGAGAGUUCCUGCAUGCGUAGCUGUGGGGUGGAUUGGGCCCGGUGUUAGUGGUGGCUUUUAUGCUGCGUUAGAGAGUUGGCCUUCAAACUUGAGAGUGCUAUCGUAUGUGCCUUUUAUAAAUACUGCUGCGACGUUCUUGUAUCAUUUUGUAUGCUGGGAACAGAAUUGAAAAUAAACAUUGCCCUUCCGUUUGAACCCUG